CCUUCAGCUCGCCCCUCGGCCCCACCCCUCCGUGUAGCCCCCGCCCACGACCCGCCUUCCGGACGGCGCGAGGGGGCGGAGCCGGGGGCGGGGCCGGCCUCACCCGGAAUGAAAACAAACGGCGGCCUCUGCCGCAUCCGGGCAUUUGGCUGGUCUCGGCUGGCUCGGUGGUGGCGCAGGAUGGCGCAGAAGAAAUAUCUUCAAGCAAAACUGACCCAGUUUCUAAGGGAAGACAGAAUUCAACUUUGGAAACCUCCAUAUACUGAAGAAAAUAAAGAAGUUGGUUUGGCCUUAAAGGACCUUGCUAAGAGGUACUCCGAGCGGCUAGAGUGCUGUGAAAAUGAAGUGGAAAACAUAAUAGAGGAAAUCCGAUGCAAAGCGAUUGAGCGCGGCACUGGGAAUGAACACUACCGCACAACUGGGAUUGCUACGAUUGAGGUGUUCCUGCCUCCAAGGCUCCGGAAAGAUAAGAAAAGCUUGUUGGAGACCCGCUUGCAUGUCACUGGUAGAGACCUGAGGAGUAAAAUAGCUGAAACCUUUGGAUUUCAAGAAAAUUACAUCAAGAUCGUAAUAAAUAAGAAACAGCUUCAACUAGGGAAAAGCCUUGAAGAGCAAGGAGUCACUCACAAUGUGAAGGCCAUGGUGUUGGAGCUGAAACAGUCUGAAGAGGAUGUGAGGAGAAACCUGCAGCUGGAGGAGGAGGAACAGAACGAGGCUGAGCAGAAGGAGAAACGCAUUCAGAGGACCAAAAGGGGACUGGAGAUCCUGGCCGAGAGAGCUGAGAUGGUGGUAGACCCGGAAACGACGCCUUACUUAGACAUUGCGAACCAGACUGGCAGGUCAAUCAGAAUUCCCCCUUCAGAAAGAAAAGCCCUAAUGUUAGCCAUGGGGUACCAUGAGAAGGGCAGGGCUUUCCUGAAAAGAAAAGAGUAUGGGAUAGCCUUGCCAUGCCUUCUGGACGCCGACAGAUACUUCUGUGAGUGCAAAGAGCUGCUGGACACUGUGGACAACUAUGCAGUCCUCCAGCUGGACAUCGUGUGGUGCUACUUCCGCCUGGAACAGCUGGAGUGCCUGGAUGAUGCAGAGAAAAAGCUGAACUUGGCCCAGAAGUGCUUUAAAAACUGUUACGGGGAGAAUCACCAGAGACUGGUCAACAUAAAAGGGAACUGUGGGAAAGAGAAGGUGUUGUUUUUAAGACUCUACUUGCUUCAGGGAAUCCGAAACUAUCACAGUGGAAAUGGAGAGGAGGCUCGGGAAUAUCUCAACAAGGCACGUCAGCUCUUUAAAGAGCUGUACAUCGACCCAUCGAAAGUUCACAACUUGUUACAGUUGGGGUUCACUGCCCAGGAAGCACGCCUGGGCCUGCGGGCCUGUGAUGGGAACGUGGACCACGCAGCCACUCACAUUUCCAACCGCAGAGAGGAGCUGGCCCAGAUACGGAAGGAAGAGAAGGAGAAGAGGAGACGCCGUCUGGAAAAUGUCAACACUUUGAGAGGAAUGGGCUACUCCACACAAGCUGCCAAACAAGCCCUUCACCAGGCCAGAGGCAACCUGGACGAUGCCCUGAAGAUUCUCCUCAGCAACCCCCACAUGUGGUGGUUACAGGAUUCAGACUCUGAGAACAACAGCCUGCAAGCAAGCCCUUCCCAAGAAAGCAUCGACCAGCUGGUGUACAUGGGCUUCGACACAGUGGUGGCCGAAGCUGCGCUGAGGGUGUUUGCAGGCAAUGUCCAGCUGGCAGCUCAGACCCUGGCACACCAUGGAGGAAGCCUCCCUCCUGACCUACAGUUCUCAGGAGAGGACUCCUCCUCCACCCCAUCCACAUCCCCGUCUGACUCCGCAGGGACUUCUAGUGCCUCCACAGAUGAAGACAUGGAGACAGAGGCUGUCAACGAAAUCCUGGAGGACAUUCCGGAGCACGAGGAGGACUACCUGGACUCCACGCUGGAGGAUGAAGAAGUCAUUAUUGCUGAAUACCUGUCCUACGUAGAAAGUAUCAGUUCUGCCACAAGACAACUGAACGGAAAUAAGUGCUACGUUUCUGAUAAAUUCUGUCGUUGUGAAUGGUUGAAUGCUUUGCGUUCCUUGCUUUUCAACGAUUUUGCUCUAAGUAGGCUUCCUCCUCAGGUACAGGGACCCAGCGCAGCAGAGAUGUCAGUCAGAGGACAGUCUAGGAGAAGGAAUUCUCCAGCCCAGCUCUGCUGCCCCCUCCUCUUCUAGGUCUGCACCCCUGACGGCCACUCUGCUGGCUUUCCAUCCAGUCCCGAAGGGCCUGGGACUAACUCUGUCUCCUGUCUUCUCCUCAGCUAGUCCUCCUGUGCACUCUUCCCACUGUCCGCUGCUGAAACUGCUCUCCUCUGCUAUGCGAGCUUCCCUCGGCACUCGC